AAUUUGUUAGCAGUCAUGUUUCGGCGGGAGAUUCAUUUGAGUUUGAAAUCUUUGGCGGCCUUGUGCAGGAUACAAACCAAACGACAUCCGAAAAAUCUUUCCAAAUACCUUCCUAAAACCCAAAAGAUGGCUCUAGUGACGAUUCCAGGUCUUCAACAACUACACAGGCACCACAGUAUAAGCGAAUGUCCCGGGCAAAUUCAGGUUAUAUUUGGACCGAUGUUCUCUGGUAAAACGACUGAGCUGCUUAGAAGAAUUAAACGCUACCAAGUAGCCAAUCACAAGUGUCUACUGAUCAAAUACGCCAAAGAUAUCAGAUAUGAUGAAGAAGGUGUCGCCACACACGACAGACAAAUUUUAAGGGCCACCCCAUGCACUGUCUUAGAGGAUUUGAAGAAUAAAGCAAUAAAUCAUUCAGUCAUAGGCAUUGAUGAAGGGCAAUUUUUUCCUGAUAUAGUUGAAUUUUCUGAGGAAAUGGCCAGUGAAGGAAAGACAAUAAUUAUAGCUGCUUUGGAUGGAACAUUUCAACGCAAGGCUUUUGGUAACAUCCUACACCUUGUGCCACUAGCCGAGAGUGUUGUCAAGCUUAGUGCCGUCUGCAUGAAUUGCUUCAAGGAUGCAUCGUUUACAAAAAGACUAGGAUAUGAUAAGAGGGUGGAAGUUAUUGGUGGCGCUGAUAAGUACAUGUCUGUAUGUCGCGAAUGCUACAAUUUAGCCGAAGUGCAAGAACUCCUGUCUAAACACAGUAAAUUCCAAACUCAUUAACCUCCAUUUUAUAGUUUAGAAAGCUAGUGUAUAUAUUGUAUAUGGCAAAGUUUUACUUAUAUACUUAAUGCAGAGUUUCAAAACAAUAACAAGUAAAAAUGGUACAAACACCCAUUUUAAAAAAACAUCAAAUGGAAAUUUUCAAAUGGUAGUUCUAUGUCCAAAUGGUUACAAUUUUCUGAUUAUGUUUCUACCAAAUAAUGGAAUAUUGUUUUGGUUAGCAAGAUUGCAUGCGCUCCAACUUUUAGCAGCAAUAAUAACAAAAAGCGACAGCCAGAAAGUUUCUCUGUCAGGAAGGACUUAUUUUUAUUGAAUUGUUUUAAUUUUUCCAUAGCUCUCAUUUUUGUGUUUAUUUUGCCUUGAAUUUAUCACUGAAAAGGGCCUGUGAUUUCUUAGUGAAGCAAGUUGCCUUUUAUUAAAAAAAACCAUCAUCAAUGUAUGGUGUUGUCAUUGUGGGAGUUUACCAAUCACUUUUUAUACCUACAAAUAAUAAGAAAUAAUAAUAAGUAAUACUAACACCUUGUACAAUAAUAGCAAUCUAGCAUGUGACUCACUCCUAGUGUGACACAUGCUACCAUGGUUACUAAUACAAAGUUUGUAAAGUCUUAGCAAGGUAAAGGCUAAUUUAGACAGCAUGAUUUAGUCUUGUGCACCUGACAGGAACACCUCUACAGUUUGCGUCGUAGAGUGUAAAUCAGUCCAUGACUCUGCUACAUAGCCUCCCUGCCCACAUGGGGCAUAGGGAAGCACAGUCCCCAAGAGUGGCGCAUAGGAGGCUAUCUGUUACAAUGUUCGGUUACGAAAGUUGUAGUGUGUCAUUCAAGGCUAAGACAUGUCGUACAAAGUCGCAUAUGACUAAAUCACACUGUCUAAGUCAGCCUUAAGGUCUUGGUAAAGGUAAACAACGUGUCCACGGAAUAAGAUGUUGUCGUGCCGCAAUUUUCACUACUUGUACAAACUAUAUAAAAGAUUGAAUUAUCAGCUGCAAGUUUUAUUUUUGCAAUAGCUAAUUCCGUGUUUAAGUUUUGAGGCCUCAAACUCAAAAGUACAGAGUUUACUCUAGAGCGUAAUGCACCUUCGCGUUAUUGUGCAUGCACUUGCAUCUCAAUGACAGAUAGAUGAUGAUCUACCAAAGUGUGUGAGGAAUUUUUGUUAUUUGAAAAUAUCACGAAUCAAAGUUGGAACUCUCAUUUCUGGCAAAAUUUGGACACAAAAAGUGCUAUAAAAGCGAUCUUCAGUCGAAAAUCGAAAAAUUCCUCACACACUUUAUGACAUGACAUAAUUAUCUAUCAGAUCCCAAAAAUUUAAAGGCGAUAUCUAAAACCCUUUGUGAGGUUAUGCCCGGCAAGCUCGAGUUCUUGCCUCAAAAUAAUACGCUAGAAAAGUAAAAGAUUUGGUGUCAAUUCACGGUCAACAGGUCACAGGAAACAGCAAAGGCCCAUUUUAGCCGUAUUAGAAUGCGAUUUAUUGAAAAAAAAUUUUUUGCAAAAAAAUAAAGUUUAAGAACUAUUGAUACAGAUUUUGCAAAAACCACAAAAACAAACAGUGGUGUCAAAUUUACCUUUACACCAAGACCUUAACACAACAAAUAACAGUUUUGAUUGACGAGAUAUAUACUAUCAUUCACACAGGCUACUGUACCUCAUUGGUAGCAUGUCACACUGUUAAGGGACUGCCUCAGAAGUUUGCUUGUCUUUUGGCUGUACAGCUCUAUGCUUUUGGGUGUACAGUACUGUAGAUACUGCUCAAGAAAAUUAUAGUUUUUAAAAUUGUUCUCACACUCGCAAUAACAUAGUAUCAAGUUUGGGUACCUUAUUUAGACGGCACGAUUUAGUCGUAUGCGAUCAGUCUACGACAUGUCUUAGCCCCGAAUUACACACCACGACUUUCGUAGUCAAGCAUCAUAGUGGAGUUCUAGGCUGAUUCACAUUCUACAACCCGAAUUGUAGAAUUGUCGCAUACAACUAAAUCGUACUGUCUAAAUCAGCCUUACAGUAUGAAUGAGUUUGCCAACAUUCAUUUUGUUUUGUGGUAGGUCAAGCAUAAAUGAUGGUGUGGGCAUUUUUUGCACAGGGACUUUUAAGUGUAAAUAUUUUAUGAUAGCUUUAAGCAAAAUGACGUAUAAUCAAACUCUUUUGUAUAUUUUGAAUUAUUUAAAAUAAAACGAUUUGUUAUGCA